GCGUGCUGCCGCCCGAGUCCUUCAUUCAGCUGCAGCUGAGGUCAGCGGGAGGAUCAGCUACUGCACCGGGGAACAGACCGAGGAGGACAUAACAAAAUCUCCAGAAGAAUGGUGAUGAGGAUAAGAGAGUUGCCAAGUCAUGGAUAGACUGCCACAAUGACACAUGAGACCCUCACAAGCUCCCAGCUGUCUGUCAAGACGGCUGCUCUGCGCAUGGUCGACCUGCCGCUGUCCGUGUGCAGCUCCCUGGCACAGGUGAGUGUCAGCACAGGCACCAAGAAGCUGUUAGCGGCCACUGCCUUUGGUGCCGCCUCGCUCCUCUUCCUCGCUCGCCGCUUCCAGAGGAGGAAGGGCAGAAAGAAGGCUCACUCUCCUCAGUGGGAGCAUGCUGGCUUUGAGUUUUUGACCUCAGCAGAAAACGAUAACACCAGUCAGAACAUCACUCUGUCCCUCAACUCAAAGAAUGGCUUCUCGUCCGGUCUGGUUCUCAAUUCAGGAGACUACAGAAAACUGUCUGGGUCUCUGCUCAGCCUGGCCUCGGUAAAAAGCAUGAACUCAUCCAGCAGCAGCACUUGUGCAAAUGAAUCCAGCUGCUGGGACAGAGUGGGAGAUGCAGAUAUCUGCAGUGUAGUUAACCUACCUGUCACCACACCUGAAAACCUGUACCUCAUGGGUAUGGAUUUAUUCGAGGAGGCUCUGAGGCGGUGGGAGGAAGCAUUGACAUUCAGGAGCAGGCAAAAUGAGGACGAUGCCAGCUGUGCAUCCGUCAAAACGGGAGCUGGAGACGCCAUCGCUGAGCAGAGCAUGGAGGACGUCAUCAGUGCAGAGUUCAUCCACAGGCUGAAGUCUCUGCUGCAGAGGGCUUACAGCCUCCAAGAGGAGUUUGAGGGAGUGUUGUGCAUGUCAGAGCCCUCGUCCCACAGCAACAGCCAGGAUAAAAUGGCAGACAUAUUGGCCAGAGACGAGCUGGACGACCCCUGUCUGAGAGACAGCAUCAGCAUCGCCUCCACUGACUCAUUUGUGUCUGCCGCUGAGCUGUCAGAGCAUCGAGAGCUGAGGAGCGCCUUCGCUCUUGGUCAUCUGCUUUUCUACGAGGAGGCGCUGCAGAUGGCUGAGGACGGCAAGAUCUCCUGCAGGGUGCUGCGGACUGAGAUGCUGGAGUGUCGUGGGGACAUUGAUUUUCUGGCCAAGUUGCACUGUGUGCGGCAGGCAUGUCAGCUCAUUCUGUGCGAGAGAGCGACCCGGAUGUUUCUGGCUGACACAGGAAAGAAAGUACUGUCUUCCAUUAUUGUUAAAGCACAGAAGAGCCCAAGGAGAUUUGAGGAAGUGUUUGAGGAGAUGAUCUCCUUCCUGGAGGACACAGAGCACUGGGAAAACACAGAGGUGGAGCUGGCCACACGAGGGGUGAAGCACUUGAACUUCUAUGAUAUAGUGCUGGACUUCAUCCUGAUGGACUCAUUCGAGGACCUGGAGAAUCCACCGAUCUCCAUCCAGAACGUGAUCAACAACCGCUGGCUUAACAGCUCCUUCAAGGAGACGGCAGUGGCCUCGAGCUGUUGGUCAGUGAUGAAGCAAAAGAGACAACACAUGAAGGUGUCUGACGGCUUCAUCGCGCAUUUCUACGCUGUCUGUGAACAGAUCAGCCCCGUUCUGGCCUGGGGCUUCCUGGGGCCCAAGAGCUCCCUGCACGACUUCUGCUGCUUCUUUAAGGAUCAGGUGCUGUACUUCUUAAAGGACAUUUUUGACCUGGACAAAGUGCGUUAUUCCUCUGUGGAGAGUCUAGCUGAGGACAUGCUCCACCUGCUGCACCGGCGCUCUGAACUGUUGGUGGCCUACCUGGGAGCCGACUCCCUGCGGCACGUCAACGGCUGCAGCUCCCCGCAGGUGCAGCUGGUGCCCAGCGCCCUGCUGGAGGCUCGAGUGCAGUGAGAGACAGGGUAACAGACCCUCGUCACCAAAACACUACACACACAUGGAAAUCUCAGCUUUAUUGUAGGGUGAGUUCACAUCAACUGUCUGGUCGCACACAUCUUCAUCUUCCAUCUGUUGGACAGAACUGCUCAUUUAAGAACUUUGAUGUAAAACACCAUUUGACACCCACUCAUCACAUCUCCCAUAAUGCAUUGUGCUCUCAUUGCUCUGUAUUGAGGAUAAACUGUACCAGCUGUCUUGCCUUGACACUUGAUCAUUACCUCCAGUGUGGCCUCCUCCUCCCCAGCUCCCCUUUUCACUGUGCCAUGGCAGUGCGCGUUAUAAAAUAUCAUAGCAAUAAUAUUUGUAAUUUAAACUUGCUGUGAAGCAUUUAACGUUAAUUAACUUGCAGUAGAUAUUCCAUUGUGUAAGUUAAAGCAUAUUUAUUGCUGUUUAGAGCAAUUUGUGUGACGACAAAGGGUAUUUUACAGUAUUUAUUUUACUAUACAGCUGAAAUGAUGCAGGAUUUAUUUUUUAGAAGUUAUAGUUGUGCCUGUACGCAGCAAUAGAUUUGUGUCAGCUUCAGACAUACAGUAUGAAUACCAAUGUUGUAUAUUAACUUUACUAGAUAGAGAUCUAUUAGAUGUAUUUCCACAUCCUACUGGACGUCAACAAUGCAAAACCAUUAAAUGUACUUUUUGUUAUAAGCACAUGUUGCACAGGGAAAUGUUGAACAAAGGAACUCUGAGAAAUGUAAAAUGUGUUGGUGAUAUUAUGUUAAGAUAUUAAAAAGGACUCAAAAACUGUCAUGCAAUAUAUUAUAUGAAACCCAGCUCAUGCAGCCUACAAGGCCCUUAAUCCCAUCACACUGCCAGCGACAGGAAACACAAGAUUAUACUCUAUUACAUAAUCCUACAGCUGUUCCACAACAGUUAUCCAUGACGGGCAAACACGCAAGAAGCCUUACUAUCACUGCACAUAUUCCAAGCCUUGUCUUCAUCACUGAAUGUUAUUAAAAAUAUAUUAUAGUCUACUCUGCUGAUCAGUCACUGCCGUGUACAGAACAUGCACAACAUUAAAGCUUUGAGCAGGAAUAUUCUUGAGUGGGGGUUCAUGUUGCAGAAAUGCUAGACAUAUUUUAGGAGGGAUAAAUGUUAUUUUCAGGAUUUCCCUUUAAAAAGAUGGACCUGAAUGAAUUUGAACCUAUCUUGAAACUAAAUCCACAUGCCCCCUGUGUACUCAGAAAGAGUUACUGGUGUCUGUGAUCAUUCCUUCUGGUGGUAUCUGAAGUACAGAUGAAGCUAAAGCAGUCUGAGUCAGUCUUUUGAUUCAAAAUUCCCCUUUCCACAGAUGCUUUCCUCUAGAGGUCAAACUAUUAACUACAGCUAUUGAUUUUUUUUAAUGUCACCAUGGGCUCGAGUAACUUGAUCUGACCAAAUGAUUUAUCGAGGGGGAAAAAAGCGUAUUGAUCUAUAUUAAGUUGUUGGUUGCAGACCUAGUUUCCAUGACAGCAGUGGUUACAGUAGUACUUUAAAAAGGGACUGAAACUUUGAAUGUUUCUCAUCUGCUUUCUUACUCAGACUGCUGAAGUCUUGUUGACUUUACUUAAUUGACAGUGCAUUAUGAAGGGAUGUUUUCAAAGCCAGUAUGAACAGGAGGAAUGACCACGAGUUUUGUUCUACGACAGGUUUGUGGAAAAUAUUAAACUGUCAUUUGAAAUGAAUAUUUAUCACACCUGAAAGGGUUUUACAUUUGUGAGUUCACUUUGUUUUUGUGUAUAAAUUAAGCAAAUAAAGACUAAUGAGAA